UUGCCAUAGCAGCCUUUUACAACACAGACAGCGUGAAGAUGGAGUACAGCACACCCGCCCGUUUCCACGGCUCUAUAACACAUUUUAAAGUGUACGAAGACUAUCUAGACUCCAGAGUCACACCGAUGGAUUUAUUUUACUUAAAAAGCAGGGAGUUGGCCCGUAAGCUGGUAGAGCACGGCCACAAGGGCACGGUCCUGAGCAGGGAGGAAUUUGAGGAGAAGAAAGCAGCUGCACAGGCUGCAGAGGCCGCGAAGAGCAACACUUUCUACAACAGGAGCCGGCCAGUGACACUGGCAAGUGCAGGAAAAGAACUCAAAGAUUACUUCCUGAAAGCCCUGGCAGAGCGAGAGGAGGCCAACCGCAGUGGGAAAAUGACUUCGGUCAUUUUCAUAAGGGAUCAUAAUACCCUUGGACAGGAAGUAUCUGGCUAUAUAGACUACGCCCACAGACUCAAGACCCAAGAUUUUGAACCAUAUUUCAGCGGAAAGAAGAGACUCAUGCCAGGACGCUCGGAUUUAUGCUACUACAAUUGGAAGACACAGGUGUCCACGUCCAACUCAAGCCCUAACUUUGAAGUGAUUUAUGACGACCCGAACGGCCUUCUCUUUAAGAACAAGAGGGACAAAAAGAUCCUAAAUGUGGACCCCUUGUCUGGUCCUGGUGAGGACUCCAACAGGACGUUCCUACAAUCGGACGUCUAUAUCCAUGUGGUCAUCUACGACCACAACAUCAGGACAGUCUAAGUUUCAGAGGCUGCUACUGACACAUUUAUACAUAUGGCACAUAUUGGAGAUCACUGGAAGCCUCUAAUUUGACUGAGUUGCUGUAGUUGCACCAUCAUUUACAAACUGUUCCCCUCAUAUCAUGCAUGCCAUCUGGGUGGAGGUGCUGCAGUGAAAAAAUCUCUAAACUGAGGAUUCCCAGAGGAUGAAGUGGAUGGACUUGUGUGACAACAUGGACAUUUCCUUGCAAAUAACCUGAGAAAAUAUAACUUUUUGUGACAUGAUACAGCUCAGUUUGUUUGGCAUUCCCCAAGCAGCAGUCUUAUUUAGGGGCAGAAACCUGCUCAGGGACCCCGGGCCCUUGUCCCAUCGUUUGGCACGGCAUGUUUUAGGCUGUUUGUCUAAACAAAUUAAAGGCGUAAGAGCUUUGAAAGAUGAUGGGGGUUGCUUUUAUGUCUUUCCCCAGGCUGCGGUAGCUCCAAUUGGACUGGAAGAAUGGAUAAUGGGCUUAAAGCAUUCCGCAUGUUCCCAAAUGCAAGGCACACUUUACAGGAGAUCAAAGUGCUCUAUCAUUUACAUAUUAGUCAUUCACUAUGACAUUUUUUAAUGGAAGACAACUCUACAAAUAACCUGCUGUAAGAAUUAUUUAGGAAGUUCCGAAGACUUUUAGCAACUUGCUCCCUUUUAAUUUCUGUAUUUAAUUUUUUUUAGCAUAUGUUAAUGAAACACAUGGUAAGGAUCAGUCCCACCACAAGAAACAUUAUCUAUGUCUAUAAGUUAACAAAUUACAGGGUCUUUGUUAUUUGUUCAUUAAUUUGUUGUCUAUAGACUCUGCAGACACAUAGUCAUACUUUUUCCAUUUAGUCAGAAAGAUACAUCCUGCCUGCAAAUGUACAGUUGCAACCAUGGAGUACAAUAUCCACUUUUAUACAUACUGUACAUCAAUGUUUGACUCAGCAAUGCACUUUUCCCCCCAUCCUUUUAAUUGCUCCCCAAAGUGCUGUUGAAUGAAAAUGUAAAAUAUAGGUAUUCAACGUGGAUGUACUUUAUAUCAACAAGAAUGUAGGUUUUUUGAGGACAUAAUAAAAUCUCAUUUGACUGGAAAAAGAAUUGUCUUUAAAAGAAUAAUUUGACAUUUUGUGACAAAUUUGAUUAUUUGCUUUCUGAGAGUUAGAUGAGAAGAGACCUCUCUCAUGUCUCUAUGGCAAAUACGAAACUACAGCCAGCAGCUGGUUAGCUUAGCUUAGCUUAGCAUAAGGACUGGAAACAGCGAAACAGCUAGACUCUCCAAAGGUAACAAAAUCCGCCUAUCGGCACCCCUGAAGCUCACUAAUUAUCAAUGUUAUACACAAAAAAUGCUGUGUUUUACAGGGGUUUGUGCCAGACUAUUUCUUGGCUGGGAGCAGAGAGAGUGAGAGAGUGGAGUAUGUGUUUUUUACCUUUGGACAGAGCCAGGCUAGCUUUUUCCCCUUGCUUCCCGUGGAAUACAUUUUUUUCAUCUAACUCUUGGCAAGAAUGCAAAUCUGCAUUUCCCAACAUGUUGAACUAUUCCUAUAAACUGACAUAGUGGCCGUCAUACUUAACAUGCCCUUGUACUCAUUUCCCCUGCAUCCACUAGGCUGAAAUGUACAAGGUUUAAACCAAGUAGGUGCUUUUACCAUGUACAUCCCAUGUCGUCAUCUACCCUGAGACCAGAGCAGACUUCCACUGCGUGCAUCUGACUGACUGCUGGCCUCAUUGAAACAAUACGUGUGGUGACAUGUUCUGGUUCUGUAAAAGCAGGGGUCUGGAGAGUGGAGUCGGGAGUUUUGGGUUUUCUUAGUCAGUGUAUUCCUGUUGGUUGGUUGGUUGGUUGUUUGUUUGUUCAUAAGAAGAUGUUUCUGUUUUGGAAUAAUGAUGAACAAAGUUUUUAAAAGUCUUAAGGAACAAUGUGAUUGACUGGGUUCUCUUUUAAGCUUUUCGUGUUAUAAUGACUUUUAAAGAACUGGUUUGUCUUUGUUGUUUCAUUCAUUGUUUCAACAAAACCAACUGGACUAACAAGGAUGAGACACACAUUCAAAUUUGUCAGAAGGACUGUGUUGGGAAUGUCAUUCCCUUUUUAACCUCUUUCUAAAAGGCCAGAUUUAACCUCGGGGUGAAGGCCUGUCGCAAUCGACGAACCGUCUACCUGACUAUCUCACUAUCUGCCCUGCUUGGUUUUGUUUUUGUGUUGCAAGAUCCUCAAACUGGCCGUGUGGCAAAUUAACAUUUCAACAUCACCUACAGCUGUUUAGGAUAACUGGCUGCAGCUCAUGCAUGUGUCCCUGAAAGUGGCAUAAGCCCACCAAUCAAAACAGCAGAUGUGCACAUGAAUGAAAAAUACACAAUUUAAUUUAGAUACAAACAAGCAUAACUCAUGAAAUUCACAGGCUACUUUCCAUGUGCCUUAGACCAAACCUCACAAAAACAAGUUGCUAGAACUCACCCCGACAGAUCAUGUGUCUGUCAAUGGUAAUGAUUUCACAAUAAAGUCUCAUUUAAAUGGUUAUAUCCCUCUUCAUUUCUUUUAUUGGGCUUUUAAGCUGUUGGGGUUUUAACUGAAGUGUGGUUUUAUUAGUUUGAGGCCUGACUUGUCCCUAAUAUACACAACAUGAGGUAAAGCGUUGGAUUCAGACUAAAGUGGGCCUUUGACAGUACAGGCACUAUUUAGCCUUCUCUAUGUAACAAGCUCCGUUUCAACUUAAUUUGAUGUCUCUUUGUGUAAGUUUGAGAAAACAUUAAAAUGUUGAGCAAAUGAGCAUUUUAUGUUGCAGCUUUUGAUGGCUGCAGCCCUUUAAGUUUCACACUAAAUUUACAUGACUUAGAUUAAUACAUAGUAUUAGCAUAUGGAUGGAUGACAAUGGGCCACUGGAACAGGUGUAACCGGCACCUACUUGGAUCUACCAAUGAGG